AUGGAUUCUACUAAACAUGGAAGCUCUGAAAUAUCGAGCGAAGAAAAUGAUCAGCAGGAGAUAGAGAAAGUCAACGAUGAUAGCACAGGCACCGGUCGCUCCUACGAAUGCACUUAUUGCAAGCGCGGAUUCACCAACGCUCAAGCCUUGGGAGGACAUAUGAACAUACAUAGGAAAGACAAAGCAAAGGCGAAGAAGCUCACUGAGUCGUCGUCUGUGUCCAACAACUCCAAUGAAGAUCACUACAUGGCUUGUAAUAAGUACUUUGCACCAGUUUCAAGCGAACAUCAAGCACAGUACUAUGCGGGUUUGGGAGCUCAGGUCAAUCAUCAUCAAAUGUACCUGCCGGUGCCAAACCCUAGUUUCCCAUAUGGGUAUUACCCGGGUCUAAUGAACACUGAUUCGGAGUUUUCAAGUCAACAAGGAGCGAAUUUGAGCUUGGGAAUUGGGCCCCCACUUGUGGAAGAGAAUGAAGAGAAGAAGAAAGACGGGAAAGGAAAUGGGAAGGGAAAUGAAGUCGAUUUGGAGCUUCGGUUAGGUCACAACCCAUAA